AUGGUUGGAACACGCAAACGCAGAGCUGAGGAGUCUGAGGAGGAAGAGCUUCAAUCGCUGCCCGAGGACAGCGAGGGAGGAAGAAAGAGUGAGUUAUACGAUUCUUCAGAGGCAGAGGGCGAUGCCGAUGAAGACGAUGAUGAAGAGGAGGUUGCUGCUAAGCCUGGUAUCCCCCUCGGCUUCCAAAAGCGCAAGACAACCAAAGCCGCAGCCGCCGCUCCCGCCGACGAUGACGAAGACGACGACGAAGACCCCGUCGCCGGCGAAGAAGACGACGAAGAAGUCGACCCCGCCGAACUAGACGACGAAGAAGAAGCCGCAGACCCCGACGACGAAGACGCAAACGAAGAUGCUGACGACACUGCCGACAAGUCCGGUCCCGCCGCCGCAGCCAAGAAGGCCAAAGAGAGAACUGUUCCAGGCGGUCAGGACAAGGCCGAAGUCGGCGAUAUUGAGAAUGCCGAUGAGAAGGAUGGA